UGGCGGGGCUGCCUCUGGGAGUGCGGCCGGGCCCAGGGUCUAGGACUCGGAGAGGUCGGGCAGGCUGCCCUAUCACGGCGGGGCAGGUGAUGUCACACUCGUCUGUGACACGAGAGACUGCUUAGUUACUUGGAAGUCAACAGCAGAGGAGUGAGAGUGGAGGCUGUGUGCCACAGACGCUGGCACCAUGAACAUAUUUGAUCGGAAGAUCAACUUAGAUGCGCUUUUAAAAUUUUCCCACAUAACCCCCUCAACACAGCAGCACCUGAAGAAGGUCUAUGCCAGCUUUGCCCUCUGUAUGUUUGUGGCGGCUGCGGGGGCCUAUGUCCACGUAGUCACUCACUUCAUUCAGGCUGGUCUGCUUUCUGCCUUGGGCUCCCUGGGAUUGAUGAUUUGGCUGAUGGCAACACCUCAUAGCCAUGAAACUGAGCAAAAGAGACUGGGACUUCUUGCAGGAUUUGCUUUCCUUACAGGAGUUGGCCUGGGCCCUGCCUUGGAGUUGUGCAUUUCCAUCAACCCCAGCAUCCUUCCCACUGCUUUCAUGGGUACAGCAAUGAUCUUCACCUGCUUCACCCUGAGUGCACUGUACGCCAGACGUCGUAGCUACCUCUUCCUGGGAGGUAUCUUGAUGUCAGCCAUGAGCCUGAUGGUCUUGUCCUCCCUGGGCAACCUUUUCUUUGGAUCCAUUUGGCUUUUCCAGGCAAACCUGUAUGUGGGGCUGGUGGUCAUGUGUGGCUUUGUCCUUUUUGAUACUCAACUUAUUAUUGAAAAGGCUGAAAAUGGAGAUAAGGAUUAUAUCUGGCAUUGUGUUGACCUCUUCCUGGAUUUUGUUACUCUGUUCAGAAAACUCAUGAUGAUCCUGGCUAUGAAUGAGAAGGACAAGAAAAAAGAGAAGAAGUGAAAUGGCCAUCCAGCCUUUCUCAGUUUGAUGACUUCUCCCACCGCCCCUCAUUUCCUCUUUGCACACAUUACAGGUGGCGUGUUCUGUGAUAAUGAAAAGCAUCAGAAAAACUUUUGUACUUUGUGGUUUUCUCUAUUUUGAAUUUUUUGAUCAAAAAACUGAUUAGUAGAAUAUAGUUUGGAGUUUGGCUUCUAUUCCUGGGGUUCUUCCCCACUCCCUUUUCUGUCAGCCCAGUCCCUAGCCUCUUCCCCUGUUCAGGCCAUCAGUCCACCAUGCUGAGGAGUGGGACUAGCAGAGGAAACAAACUCCAGGAGUCCACUUCCCAAACUACACCAGGUGGACCUGAACUGUUAAGUAGAGAACCACCUCAACAUUGUUUGGUUUGUGCACAGUUCCAGUGGGGCUGGGCAGUGUGUUUUCCAUUGGAAAGAAGUUUGCUGGUCCCGUUGUUACUCAGGCUCAUUAUUAUCUGAGCUUCUGUCAACCCCUGAAAGAAAAUGAAGAGCCUCUGUUUGUGGAUGCUUUGCUUCCUCUGAGCUGCAGGCCGGGCAAAUACCCUUUUACACGUUGCCAUCACAAAAGGAAUGCAGAUUUGUGUGUGUUCCCUCCUACCCCCCCACCCCCCUUGCCUGAUCCUUAGGGAUUCUGCCUGCUUUCCAUCCACGGGGUGGGAGGAUUUCAGCACAAAGGGAAGGCUAAUUCUUGUCAGGCAUUUGUUAAAUGGCUGGAUAGGUAUCGCAAGGUAUAACAUAGAAUUCCCAAAUUUCCCUUGGUCUUUAUUUUUGUAUUGGUUUUCACCUUAGUUAUUGAGUGGCCUCUACCAGGUGACUGUGAUCAAAAGUCCCAAGAGAGGAAGGAUAGGCAGGGGAAAGGUUGAAUCUCUGGGGCUAAUUGUAACUAAUCCUGCCAGGCAAACCUAGAUGAGGACUUGUUUGGAGCAGAGGGGAACAAAAUCUCCUCUACCAACUGCGUAGUUCUUUGUUCAGAUCAACAGAAUGGGGCUGUGAUGACUUGGGAGGUGCCAUUUGUAACAGUCCUCCGGUACGCUUUUGUCUGUCCCCCACCAGAGGAUACAUUAACAGAUGGUGUCAGGCCAGAGAUUUGAGGCAGUAGAUAAACGUUCAUUUUACCAGUGCACUUUAGUUUUUGGUCGGUUCACCUGUUUCCAGAAAUCUGCAGCCUUCUUCCAGGCAGGUGCCAGGUAACCAAACCUGCAAGCGACCUGAAUUCCUCCAGCUUUGUGGUUGCAAGUGUGGGUGGACAAUACUAUGGGAGCUCACCGGCUCCUCUGUGUGGUGUCACAGUCAGCUGGCACAGAAGGGCAGCAUCAGGAACAGCUGUGGCUCUGGCUACUCCCAGGACUUCAGUGUAAGGGGGACUGAGCCAUAAAGCUCAUUGCCAGUAGGACACCAUUUUUGGCUCUCCUUGUUCACGACCAGAGCCCUGGUGGCACAGUGAUGAAGAGCUCGGCUGCUGACCAAAAGGUUAGCAGUUGGAAUCCACCAGCUGCUCGUUGGAAACCCUAUGGGAAGUUCUACUCUUGUCCUGUAGGGUCGCUAUGGGUCGGACUUGACUUGAUUGACAGCUGUGGGUUUGGUUUUGGUUUUUAUUCACAACCAGUGCAUAGUUUGACACAGUGGCUGUCUGUGCCAUCCAUCCCAUGAAACUGUUCCCAGGCUGUGUUAUUCUUGGAGUGGCCUGCUGCCCAGAAUGGCUUGCUUCCACAGAGGAUGCUGCCCUCUGGUUUAGCUGCUGCCUGCAGCCUCUGGCCUGAGAACUUUAACUGAAGAGACUUCCUUCCUAUUACGCCCCCCGUUAGCAACUCCCCAUAAAUUAGGUGAUUCUCUGCCAGGCCUGAGAAUCUGCAUUACAUCUGAAGCCAGACUCCGCCUUUGUGCUUUUUUGCUUGGGAUAAAGGAGUUUUUCUUUAGAAACAGUGCCAAGAAUGACAAGAUAUAAAAAAAACUACUUUUAAGGAAAAUGCUUAACAGGUUUUUAAUACAGUAAUCAUUGUAAUUAUCACUUCUUUUCUAGUUCCUUGGUUUUCAGCUCAGGCUGCAUUCUCUAACUCAUACUGUGAAGAGAGAGGUUUUUGAUUCAGAAAUAUAUGAAAUCUACAUAGUCUUAAUUUGUAAAAAAUAAAGAAAAUUCCUUAACCUUU